CUGGCUUGGCUUGAGUCCCUAGUAAACUGCAGUUUUGGAUUCGAGACUCCAAGCCUUUUUCACGUCCCGUGCUUGCAUCCCCAUGGGUUGGGAAUGAUAGAAGUUCUUUCCUGUCUCAACUUUUUCCAGACCUUUUCAUUCUGGGAGUCGCUCCACAGUCCAUAAGUUUCCGAUUCUGGAUUGUGGUCCAUGGCAGCAGCCUAAGCCGAAAGUCAAGCCAUCCACUCUGCUUCCAGUCCUACAAACCAGUGGCCCCAAGAAAAGCAAAAUGAAGACUUGGAUUAGCAUCCAGCCAGGGUACUCCAAGCCCACUAUGUUGAGGACAGGCCAGCUGAGGAAUCCACAGGAACCUCUGGGAAUGCGGUUGGACUCUGCAAAGGCCAAAUUCCGGCUACUGAAGGUGAUGCUCAGGAACCGGCAGAUCUCACUCCAGGAGCUCUGCAACCAGGAGGACUUCCUCACCAAGCUCAAUCAGGAUCUGAUCAAAACCAUCCAGGACAUGGAGGACAGCUCAGCCCGGAAAAUGCGCAGCAUGCUGCAGCAGCAGAACGUCUUUGGGACCAUCGUCCACCUCCUGGCGUACUCAAACGAGAAGAAGCUGCAGCAGAUGAAGUGUGAGCUGCAAGAGUGGAAGGAGAAGGAGGACUCCAAGAUGAGCUACCUGAAGCAGCAGGUGGAGCAGCUGAGUGCCAAGAUCAAGAAGACGCAGGAGGAAGUGAACUUCCUGAGCACUUACAUGGACCAUGAGUACCCGGUCAAGGUGGUCCGCAUCGACAACCUCGUGCACCAGCUGCGGCAGGUGAAGGACAACCAGCAGGAUGAGUUGGAUGACUUGAACGAGAUGCUCAAAAAGGUCCUGGAGUCUUUGUCUUGUGAGAUUCAGAUGAAGAGAAAAAAGCUUCUGAACUCCCUGGUGGUGAAAACCCAGCAGCCCUGCCAGGAGGUUCUUCUGCAGAAGACCGCGGAAAACCAUAACAUGGUGAAGCACGCAGACAAGUUCAGAGAAUUCACCAACCAGUUCAAGCAGGAAAUACCCAAAUUGAGGGCCGAGGUGGGACAGCUCCGAGCCCAGGUCCAGGACCCGCGAGAGAUCGUGUUUGCAGACGUUCUGCUCCGGAGACCCAAGUGUACCCCAGACAUGGACGUCACCCUCAACAUCCCCGUGGAAGAGCUGCUACCCUUCUAGGUGGCAGGGCCACGGCUGCCCCUGCUUCCCUGCUCUCUCCCCUACCGCUGGAGCCUUGAGUCGUCUCCUUCCCAGGCCACAUCCGCAUUCAGACCCCACUCGUCUGCCUCCCCCUCAUCCUUCCCCUCUGUCCUCCCUCUCUCCCUCCUCCUCUUGGUUUGGUGCUGCUGCUUGGGCCAGGUGGGAAUUUCCAGUCAGGUCUACCGUUUCUUUUUGCCAAUAA